CGAAGGUUUAGUGUCUGUUUUAUGACAGCUUCGACUCCGCAUCGGACGGAUGAGUUUUGAGCUGAAGAGGCCGCCGUUGAGGGGCGUGGCAAGAAAGCCGCAGUUUCGUGGGCAGAGUUCCUGUGCCGGUAGCAACGGAUAGUUGGAGGUCAUUGGGGGAUCCUCAUCCUUGAUCUGCAUGGCUCAACCGGGGACUCUGAACAUUAAUAAUGAGGUUGUGAAGCUAAGGAAAGAAGUGAAGAGAAUCCGAGUUUUGGUUAUCCGAAAACUUGUCAGGAGUGUCGCCAGACUGAAGUCAAAAAAGGGUACUGAAGAUGCACUGUUAAAAAACCAAAGACGUGCACAACGAUUACUUGAAGAAAUCCAUGCCAUGAAGGAAUUGAAACCUGAUGUAGUAACUAAAUCUGCUCUUGGUGAUGAUAUUGACUUUGAAAAAAUCUGCAAAAUGCCAGAUUCUACUGCAACUGAAAGGGCAAUUGCCAGAUUAGCAGUACACCCUCUUCUGAAGAAAAAAAUAGAUGCGCUAAAAGCUGCUGUCAAAGCCUUUAAAGAUGCAAGACAAAAUGUUGUGGAAGUUAAAGCAUCAAAGGCCUCGGAAGAAAAUCAUUCCAAAGAUGCUUCGUGUUCAAACAAUGAUGCAAGUAAGUUACAGCAUGAAGGAACUAUUAUCGGUUGGCAAAAAGAGAAAGAAGCCACAAUACUGGCAAAGAAACCAAUAAAUAAUAAAAAAGAAAAAAUGGGCAAGAUGGAACAUGGACUUAAAGCAGCAGACAUUUUAAGUUCUUCAUCAAAGCCUUCUGGAAAGGAUUCUGUAGUCCCACUUGAACCCCAGAGGACACCUUCUGACUCACAAGUGAAAACAUUAAGUCAUACUAAAAAAAAGAAAGUGUCUGAUAGCUCACUUGGUGAUAGCAGUGAUGGGGAAGAAUUGCAUGAAGAAGAAAAGGAAUAUUUUGAUGACAGCACUGAAGAAAGAUUUUACAGACAGUCUUCCUUGUCUGAGGAUAGCGAUAGUGGUGAUGACUUCUUCAUUGGGAAAGCCAGACGAACACGAAAGAAGGAAAGUAGCUCCCAUUCUUCAGUUAAGGAACAAAAUGCCCCCCAAGAAGUGUUACCUGAAAAGGAAAUACUUGAAGCCCACUGGAAUAUAAAAAAUGACCAAAAAAAGCCAAGUACAGAAGCUAGAAAGUUUGAAUCGGUAUUUUUCCAUUCUUUAUCUGGAUCUAAAAACUCUAGAAGAGAACAGGCUCCAAAAAGCAGAAACCUAGGUUUUCGGCAAAAUGAACCUCAGAUCAAGAAUCAAUUUAAUAAGAGUGCACAAAGAGGACUUGUAAGUAAAAAACAAUUGCAGCUGCCUCUUCAUCCUUCGUGGGAAGCAAGCAAGAGACGAAAAGAACAGCAGUCUAAAAUUGCUGUGUUUCAAGGGAAAAAAAUUACAUUUGAUGAUUAAUGCCUCUUUUUGUGAACUUUUCCAUCUAAAUUUUUAUUUUUUCUAGUAGCCUAUUAGUUAAACUUGUUUUGAAUUAGUGUCUUUUGAGUAGAUGAUAGCAAUGUUUGAUUUUGUGUUUUUAUUUAUCUUCAAGUUAUAUUUACCUAAGCCUUUCCCAAAUCACAUAUGUACCUAAAAUUGCAUUUUUAAUAAUACAUCCCAGUCUGUUUCCUUUAUUAAAAAAAUUUUGAGGUUUAGCUAUCUCAGAUUUUCUCAUUUGUGCUUAUCAUGAAGAAUAUUUCACUGGUCCAAGCUCUGUGGUUUUUGCCUUGGAAAUAAAUGUCAAGAUAUAUUUAAAAUAAUGAAGAAGUUGAGGAACUUUUAAGUAUUUAAAAUAGUUAGAACACCUUUAUUAAAGUUAUUCUUGUUAGCAAAACAAAGAUAUUAGCUUUUAUUAUGGAUAUACAAAUAAAUUAUACAAUAAAUAUUUUUUUAACUUUAGACUAAAUGUGUUCAUUUAUCCUGUAAUAGUUUUAAUUAUUCUUAUCAUUUACUUUUUGACUCUUGUAACAGGUUCUCAGGAAAAUUUUGAAUUUUAUGGUAUUUCAGUUAUCUAGGCAAAUUGUGUAAAUGUAACAAUGCAACCAAAAAUAUGUUUUAUUUCUCACUGCAAAUAAAUAUCUCUAUUAAGUCAAGAA